AUGUCUUCCAAGGAUGACAAGAAGAUCUUCAAGACACAGACAAACCGUCUGCCAGCGCCCGCUCUCUUCGUUGGCCCACCAUCGCACAAUGCCUCCAACACAUCACUACAUGAGACCCGAGCACCAGCAAAAACACCUCUAGUCCGCCAACGCUCCCUGCUCUCGCCAGACCCCAAGCGCCCUCUCCCCCCAAACACCACUAGCGAUGGCGACUACCUCAGCCCCGUAUCGACAAACGCCUCAGCGCCCUUCCAACGGCGCCAGCGCCAACAAAGCCAAGCAGCCGACGCAGAAGCCUCGUCGCGCGCCGAAGCAAUAUGGGCCGAGAUGCAAAACACGCUCGAGGAAGUCGAACUCAGCGCCAUCAAAGGCCCCGGCAUGACCGUCUUCGGCUCCGAGCACUCGCGCGCCCUCGACGAGCUGCGCCGCGCCCAGAUCGAGCUCGCGAGAGCGUGGGCCCGCUCAGAAGAAGACGAGCAGGCGCCCGAGCAGCAGAAGAAGAAGUCGCAAGAUACAAAGGCUACGAAUGUACAGGCGCAGAGUAUGGUGAGUGGGGCUGGUGCGGGCAAGGGGGAUAAAUUGUUUGAUCGGAUUAAGCUAGAAGAGGAGACAGAGAAGGAUAUCGAGCUUAGCCGGAAGAGGAGGGAGGAGAAUGAUCGGUAUUUUGAAAAGGUGAACAAGGGAGUUCAAGAGGUGGUUGUUAGGUUGGAGGAGGUGGCCAAGGCGAUGAGAGGAGUUGAGAGUGAGAGUAAGGAGAUUUGGGGACAUGGAAGUGAAGAGGGGGUGGAUUCGGAUAGCAUUACCACUGCGCAGAGUGUGACCUGA